AUGGCGGGCAUUGGAGAUGCCGGCAUCGUGCAAAAGGCGGCCAUCCCGGGCGUCUGCCUGCUGAUUGGCUUCCUGGGCUACUUUUCGCAGUACAUCUUCCACGACGAGUUCCUCGAGCCCGGCGCCCCCUCCCGCACCGAGACGAUUGUCUUCAACGGCCUGCUGCUCACGCUCUGGCUCACCUACGCGCGGACCUGCGCCGUCGACCCCGGCCGCUACACGCCUCCCUCGCAGCAGGUUGUCGAGGCCAAGGGCCGGUGGUGCAGCAAGUGCGCGGCGCCGAAGCCGCCGCGCGCGCACCACUGCCGCCACUGCCGGCGCUGCAUCCCCAAGAUGGACCACCACUGCCCCUGGACCGGCAACUGCGUGUCCAUGACGACCUUUCCGCACUUCCUCCGCUUCCUCGUCUACGCCAACCUGUCGCUGCUCAUGCUCGCCUACCUGCUGUGGCAGCGCCUCGCCAGCCUCUGGGACGACCGCUUCCUGCCGUCUUACCUGGGUCCCAGCGUCGGCACGCUCGUCGCGCUGUCCCUCGUCGCGCUCGUGCACAUGGCCACGUCGCUCGCGCUGCUCGUCAUGCUCGUGACGACGGUCCGCGGCUGGCUCUUCAACCAGACCAUGAUUGAAAUGUGGGAGCAGGACCGCCACGAGACCAUCAGCCAGCGCGGCGGCCGCGACUGGUGGGACAUUGUCGGACCAGACGGCGAAACGAUUCGGUUCGAAAAGGUCGAGUUUCCAUAUGAUAUCGGCUUCUUUGCCAACAUGGCGCAGGCCAUGGGCACGCGCAUGUUCUUCCUGUGGCUCUUUCCGCUGGCCGGGCACCCGCGCGUCGCGCAGCCCGGCAAGGGAACUACAGGGUGGACGUGGGAGGAAAAUGGCUUCAACCGAAAGGAGGGCAUGUGGCCGCCGCCCGACCCCGAAAAGAUACGCCGCGCGGCCCGCGGCGGUGCUGGGCAGAACAACCUCGGCACCAAGCGCGACUAUGCGAAGGAACUGCGCGAGCUCGACCUGAGCCCCGAGGAGCGCAAAAAGGCGUUUCAGGAGCGCCAGGACAGGGACCUCAGGCGCCAGCGCAAGGCGCUCCUUGCUGAGCUGGAAGAGGAGCAGGGCGGCAAAGUCGUGGAGGAUUAUGAAGCGGCGGACAGCUACUACUCGGACUAUGAAGGCGACGAGGUGGACGAAUGGGCGGAUGGCGACGGCGACAAGCUGGCUGACUUUGGUGUCGAUGAGGAUGAGGUCGACUAUGACUACACGGCGAAGCAGGACGACAACGACGACGAGGACGUUCCGCUGGGCGAGCUGCUGCGGCGGCGAAGGGCGCAGAAAGCGAACGACGAUGAAUAG